GUAGGGGUAAAAAGGUGGACGAGAGCCACGCUCUGCCGGCGCGUACUACUACGAUCUGGCACUCAGAUUCGCGGUGCUAGUCAUUGGGCGUCGAGACGCCGCGUCGUGCGAGCUAUUCCAGCUCUGUCUCGUGUCUGAUCUCAUAUAAAUAUCGUUAAAUUACUACUCAAAGUUGUAAAGUGCAUUUCCUUAUUUUCUUAUUCACUUACUUACAGUAAGUCACUAAGUUCUUUGCCACGUGGAUCCUGUAUUUUUUAUGGGAAAUUUUAAUUGCUCAGUUGUCGUGAAAGUGAGUGGAUUGAAAGGAGAAUGAGUUGGCUGGUGCAAGUGCCGAACACGAUGACGACAUGGAGAAUUACACUAACAUUAUCAUUGAGAUAUAAAAAAUAAUAACGUUGAUGUUGAGUUUUAUUAAUAAAACUUGUGAUAGUGAAUUGAAAUAUAUAUAAUAAUGGAAGUGUGUAUGAUGGUAGAGUCCUGAAGAAGAAAUUGAGCCAUGUCACGUGUCGUAAUUACCUUGGCACGUUCCAAGCAAUUGACGCUAUCGCGUCAUGCACUUCACUUCCAUUUACCAUCGCUGCUAUUAGUGUUAUUGUUUAUACUAAUCGCGACAAAUUUUGUCGCCGCUAGUGAAUUUCCCGAAAGAGAAUGCUGCGAUCCUAUUUAUCCGAUACCAGAGCCAACUAGCAAAGCACCAUCGGUUCCUACUCCCACUGGCAGAAGUGGUCCAAAUAUCAAGACUGCAGUGGCAAUUCUCAAUUGUCUAUUCGCACGACAAUUGUGUUUCGAAGACCCGUCUUGCAGUGCCAUUCUAGAAAUUAUCCCUCGAGUCUGUGGCCCAGAACUCGUGGCGUGCUCAACAGUGACUGUAACUAAGUGUCAGGCGGCACUGAAAACUUUGCAAGCAUUUUCCUUUUUUCGACCCACGUGUCUCUGCAAGGAGCCCCAUGUCGACCCUGAAUGCAACAGUUUUCAAAAUUUUCUUUUUGAUCAUCCAUGUAUAUAUGUUCUCAAAAAAGAUAAGGAUCCAUAUCCAAUAGACGCACUAUUAACUUGCAAUCAUGCUUUAAGUGUUUGUCAACGUGCAAAACCGUGUUUCAAACUUUACGAGGAUUUUAAAGCCAGUUGUAAGAUACGAGAAAAUAAAUGCAAAAUGGAGAGUCGAGAAGCUUGUCACGAUGCCUGGACACAAUUGCGGUUGUCGCCGAUGUUCGGGUGCAUUUGUCCGGGAAAUCAAAUAAAAAAACGCUGCGAUAAAAUAUUUUCCGCAGUUAAUCAUAAUCCAUGUGUUGACUUUCUGCCCUCCUCCGCGUCCUUAGACUUAUCAGGAACGGACUCGGCCCUAUAUCCGUUCGACCCCCAGCAGGAGAACUUUCAAGAGAUCUGGUUGCCCCCGACCAGUAUGUACCCCUAUUUUUUAUUCCCCGCGACUGCGCGCACUUACAGCUACAGUAACAAUAAUGACGAUCACGAUCACGAUCGUCAUCGUCAUGGUCACUAUGGCCUACCAGAAAUGCCUGGUAGCGUCGAAACAGACAGACACAAAAUAGGUGUCUACCGAUCGUACGAUCCUCAAUCAAACGAAGACCGUACGAAUUCGGGAUUAGCUGGCUCCCACGAGGAUCAUAAAAAUAUUGGGGGUUCUUCCUCUUCUUCUUCUUCUGCUUCUUCUUCCCUUUCAAACGAACCCAAGCAUGCAAACAACGGCACUGAGCAUGAUCUCGAAAGGCACAAAUUCGAUCGCGGUAAUGAGCACUAUCAGCACCAUCACCACCACAACCAAAAUCACAAUCAUCGGCACCGCGAUCGUCACCACUAUGAUAACCGUCCCGAUGCACCAUCACAACCAUCACCUGUUCCUGCACCACCACUACCACCAUCAUCAUCAAUACCACAGCCUGCAUCGCCUGCAAUUCAGAACGAGAAAGUACCUGCACAAUCGGCACCAGCACUAAGACCUGGCACCAAUCGUUUUGCACCGAGACCUACUUACGAGCAUGGGGCUGUUGUUGUCGACCGGAUUGACGACGACUUCGGUCUGCCUAUUGAUCGACUUUUUGAUCUUCGUGAAGCCUUUGAGGGCUUCAUUGCUCAAGUGAAAAUCAUCUCCCAUCCCGACAACACGACGAGCUUCGAAAUCAUCGAGUCGCAAUUGGAAAACCCGCUGAUUGACGCUGAUCAUCAGGAUCUUCAUGCCCUAAAGCAGCUGGCUCUGCCGGGAUUCAGGCAUCGACCGCAUCAUCGAAGAAAUCAUUCAACUGAUGAUGAUGAUUCGGCGAUUGAUAUCGAGAAGAUUCAUCAACCUGUCAAACUGAUACUGUCGAGUACGUGUCAUCAAGCUUAUUCGAUGUGUCGAAAUGAUUCAGAAUGCAGAGGAUUAUUUCAGCCGAUACUGAAUCACUGCGAUGCUUCAAGCUGUGCUCGUAAUGAGUGUAUGAAUGCAUUGCAGAAUUUCUACAAAAAAGCUAAUGAUAGUCACUCGAUGGAGAUUGCUUUUUGUCUCUGCAAAAAAACUCAAGACAAAGAUGACGAGUGUAUUGUGGCCCAAGAAAAGAUGCAUCCAGUCUGUGCGCAAGGUCAUGAUCUCUCCGAGCUUCCAACCUGUCACAGCUUAGCAUUAGCGUGCCGUGAGGAUAACCUAUGCAGAAAUAAAUUGGAACACUAUGAGCAGAGUUGUGCAGUGGAUAGCGUGACGAAAAAAUGCGCGGGUCCGCCUGCUGACUGCAGAAGAGCAAUGCUAGGUAUUCUUGGCACGGAACUGAGAUCCAAUUGUGCUUGUAAGGGCACUGACCUUACGCAGUUGUAUGAUUGUUUGGGAUGGCAGAGAUUACUUUGGGUUAAUCCUUGUGUUGUCGAGUCACAAAAAGAUUUCCAUGCCCGUAAAAAACAUCGCCAUCAUUCCAAUAUGCGUCCAACUACAACGCUAAUGUCCACUGAUACCUGGGGUACAUCAGCAACAUUUUUGGCAAUCACACCAUUAAUUACCGAUAGUGUUGAAGACGAUAAUGUUAUACCAGAGGUCACUAAAAAAUCAACGACUCAGCCAACGAUGAAUGACGUCGAUACAUUUAGUGUUAGCAGCAGUAUUAUUUUAAGCACACCGAGUACAACAAGUACUACUAUUGUAAUUACAACUCCUUCAACAACAACUACAAGCACACCACCACCACGUUUUUGUGUGUUUCAAAGACCGAGGCAAAAUCAUCAGUACAUACGCGAGGGCAAAGGAAAAAGACUCUAUCGUGACAACGAGCCAGAAUGCUCGGAUCUGUGCCAGUGUGGAGAGGGUGUAACGCUUGUCUGCAACACGAUUUGUGUCCAGCCAUCACCCUGUAAGACACCCUUUGCUUUUUACAAUCAUGCAGCCCCAGCUUACCAAGCUUUCCGAGGUCGAUGUUUGUGUUACAGCGGUCGUUUUAUAUGUAUGCGACCUUCUCCCGAAACUUACAAUAUUCCUCAUGGGGUCUUCAUGUUUCUUGGAUACAGCGAAACAGACGAGGAUUUCAUGAAAACUUACAACAAUUUAACUGUGCUGGACGCGGUUAACUCACUUGACAGCUUUAUGCGUGAAGAAGCUAACAAUAAGACUAUGUGUACCCUCUUUUUAUACAACGUCACGCAAGAGAAUGUAAUAGCAGUGGCGCGACUCGGUGGAAAUAAUCCACCGCCUAAUAGCAGUCAAGCACAGAGCUUACAGCACCUGCUGCGCAUCAAGGAGGAAUGCGGUGCAAUGCUCCAAGACUUGAGUGAUAAAAUAAACAACAAACACCAAGAGGUUCACACUCAUCCCCUUCUAUCCAUCUUCAAAAUGGCCGAAGUUGAGGUGAAAUUGCCUGAAGGCAACGGAGCAACAACAAUUGUAAUAAAAAUGUCUCCAUUUAAAUUAAUAUUUAUUUUACUUACGACAACACUCAUACAGUGUAUCUUAUUAACAACUUUUAAUCACAAUCACCUCAAUAAUGGCUUCACUUCGUGACAGAGAACGUAGUAGACCCCAUUAUAAAUGUUGUAUUGAACAAACGCAACAGGAGGUCCAUAUGAUCUCGAGUUAUUCUACGAAUCUGUACAACAAAGUAAAGCUUGAGGAGCAAUUUAUAGUAAAAAUGUAUAAAGUUCAUUUUUAUUUGUUAAGUAUGUCUGGUAAUUAACGUACGAAUGGAGGGUGAAAUAAAUCAUCGUUAUGUAAUUUUUUUUUUUUU